GCGACAUGGAGUUAACGCACAGUCACGGGUUACACGUAAAAGCUUGAGUUAUAUAAAUGUGAGGCCUUUCAUGAUCAAUUCAUUCGAAACCCAGGAAGAAUACAUAACUAGCUUAGAAUUAAGCUGGUGAUCUUGAAGGAGCCCUAAAUGAUCAUGGCUUCUAAAAUUACUGCUGUGUUCUUCAUUUUCAUGAUUCUCAUGUUGGUAUCAUUACCACCUAUAUACGCUUGCGAUUCUUGUCCAUAUCCACCGUAUCACCGCCCUACCCACCCGAAAGUUCCUCAUCCCAAACCCCCACACACGAAACCACCGCACCAUGGAGGCCACGGGAAAGGGCCACCAAUAAUCAUGCCACCUAUUAUUAUUAAUCCACCACCGGUUAUAUCACCUCCUGUUGUAUAUCCUCCUUACUCUCCAUACCCACCUUACCCAGGUGCCCCACCUGGCGGCGGCGGAGGAGGUGGUCGCCCCAGUCCUGGUGGCGGACCUCAUUCAGGUGGAGGAGGUGGAGGAGGUGGUGAUCCACCAUCCGGAGGUGGUGGAGGUGGAGGUGGAGGUGGAGGUGGAGGUGGCAUGAGGCCACCACCUCCUCCUCAGCAACCAACUUGUCCGAUCGAUGCUCUGAAGCUAGGGCUUUGUGUUGAUCUUCUUGGAGGAGCAAUACAUAUAGGGAUAGGUGACCCGGUGAAGAAUGUUUGUUGUCCAUUGAUAAGUGGGUUGCUGGAACUAGAAGCAGCUAUAUGUCUAUGUACUACUAUAAGGAUUAAGCUUCUCAACCUUCAAAUAUUGCUUCCUAUUGCUCUGCAACUCCUGAUAACCUGUGGAAAGAAUCCUCCUCCUGGCUUUGUGUGCCCUCCUCUUUGAUCAUCACUUGCGGCAGAUUAAGUGCUCAUAAAUAAUUAAUUUAAUUAAUUAAGGUGAGUUGUUGUGCGUUUAAUUGUUGUUUCCCUCUGAUUAGUAAGUUGGAUGAUAUUAUUAUGGUUAGAGCUUGCUUCUUUGUUGUGUGUAAUGUCAUUUGAAAUUCUGGCGA